AUGGAUCUUCAAACUGAAUUGAAUGCGUCAGCACCGUCUUUGACACCCUAUGAAAAGGAACGCUUUUCUAGUGAUAUGGAAAAUCUCCUUAAACUUAUAAGCACAGGACUGUCCAAAUCAAGAGGCAAAAAGCGACUUUUCUCUUUCAAACAAAGAGUUUUACCAGCAACAGUUCAAGAAAACUUUGCGCAAAGAGAGAUAAUGAAUAAGCCAAGGGAAAUUACUACAACUGGAAAAGAUUAUGUUUUGGAGAGGGGAGAUUCGACAUUUGAAAACUUAGAAUCAUGCACUGUCACGUCGGAAAGAGGCCAUAGCGACAAUGAUUCAGGUUCUGGUUCGUUAAGCUUUUAUAAUAUUACGGGAAGCAUCAUUAAUUUGCAAAAGCUUUACUUUAAAGUAGGUAGCAUAUUCAUGACGGAUUGUAAGGACUCUAUAAUACUUUUGCGCUUACCGUCCGACGGAGAUAUCCAGAUCCGGUCACGUAACUUGGAGAAUUGCAAAUUUUCGAUUGAUAUGGUGGCACCAGACAGAGAUUGCAAACAAGUGGUAAUCAUAGAAAAUUGCCAUGAUUGCGUAUUCAACGCAGGUACCCGUGAGCACCUAGUCAUACAAGACUUUUCCAACCCGUUCCAGAGCAAUGGCACCGAGGAUAGUUCAGCUUUUGCAUUCAAAGAGUUUGACACUUGUGACAAAGAUACUAUGCGACUAAAACAAACCUACUUGUAA